AAGCACUUUCCGGUUUGAUUCAAAGACACAGUUAAGUGGAAUAAUAGCACGUUACCGAAUUAGUUUAGGACGAUAAAUGCCGAUUAAUAGUGUAGCAAAAAGAAACCUUGCUCAGUACAGAAUGACUGUUGGACUGUGAUGUUGAAUUAUACUCCUGACAGUUCUGCCUGGAGAGUACGCCCUACUACAAGCAUAUAGGCUGUUCUUACAAGGUAUAUCACACACAGCUAAAGGAAUGGUUUGUGCAUCCUACAUGUGGACUUCAGAUCCCAGGCCUUUGUUGGCAGGAUGACUACAACAAUUGUUCACGACACAUCUGAAGCUGUGAAGCUCUGUGCUUCCCAGGGCCUUUAUUUGAAACCCAUUGCUAAACUAACAGUAAGUGUGGCCCUCCCCCAGCUAAAGCAGCCUGGCAAAUCAAUUUCAAACUGGGAAGUUAUGGAAAGACUGAAAGCAAUGGUUCAUCCAGAACAGUUCUCCACCCUUCGCAUCUCUAAAAGCACCAUGGAAUUUAUUCGUUUUGAAGGGGAGGUUGAAAAUAAGAGUGUAGUGAAAACCUUUUUGGCAAAGCUUGAUGGAAAGACAAUAAAGCUUAGUGGAUUCUCUGAUAUUUUAAAAGUUAGAGCUGCAGAGUAUAAAAUGGAUUUUCCUACCAGACAUGACUGGGAUUCGUUCUUUAGAGAUGCUAAAGACAUGAAUGAGACUGUUCCAGGAGAGCGACCAGACACUAUUCAUUUAGAAGGACUACCGUGUAAGUGGUUCGCGUCAAAAGAUUCCAACUCUGAAAAGCCACAUGAGGCGAUUCUUAAAACAGUAUUUGAAACUUUUGGGAAGAUUCGCAAUAUUGAUAUUCCUAUGCUCGACCCAUACAGGGAAGAGAUGAUGGACAAAAAUUUCCAUACAUUUAGCUUUGGAGGCCACUUAAAUUUUGAGGCCUAUAUACAAUAUCAGGAGUAUAUAGGAUUUGUGAAAGCAAUGGAUGCCCUAAGAGGAAUGAAGCUAAUGUUUAAAGGAGAAGAUGGAAAAGCCUUAGCUUGCAACAUUAAGGUCACCUUUGACAUCACUAAGCACCUUAGUGAAAUAGCAGUAAAGAAGCGUCAACUUGAGAGGUUAAAACUUCAGGAACUUGAGCGCCAGAGAGAAGAACAGAAAAGAAGGGAGAAAGAGGAAGAGGAACGGGCAAGGGAAGAAGAAAGGCGUCAGAAACAGCAGGAAGAGGUGGAAAAAGAGAGGAAAAGAGAGGAAAAACUGAAGAAAAGAGAACAAAAGCAGAAAGAACGUGAAGAGAAGAGGAGUCUUAAAAAAUUCAAAAAAAUUCAAGCAGAGGAGCAGAAAAAACUUCACCAGAAAAUUGCACUUGAAGAAAGGAAACUUUUACUUGCUCAAAGAAAUCUGGAGUCUAUUCGACUUAUUGCUGAAUUACUCAGCAGAGCCAAGACACUGAAGCAGCAAGAAAAAGAGCACCAAGAACUGGAAAAACUAAGGCUUUUAAAGUUGGAAGAAAAACAAAAGCAACAGGCUGCUGAACUACAGCGUGUGGAGGAAGAGAAGGCUCGGACUCUGGAACUUCAAAAGAGAGAAAAGGAGCUUAGAGAGCGAUUACUGUGCAACCUUUUGAAAAAGAAAUCUGAGCAAUUAUGUACAAAUUUUGAAGGGGAUAAUGAGUCAUGUGGACAGCUAAAAUCUGAUUUAAAUGUCAAUACUAUAUUAUAUUCUUCUGAUCAAACUGUCCCAGAUGAAGUGGUCUUCCAUGAGCAAUGUGAGGCUAGGGCCAAUGGGACAGCCAUCAAAGGUGAACAUUCCAGCCAGUUCAAUGGCCAGCUUGUAAAAGACUUGAAACCCACAUCUGUGGACAAAGCAGGUACUUCAAAGUCAUCGUCGACUUCUUGCCAUAGUACUAGUUGCCGCACUCUUACCUCUGAUGAUGAUGUGCAGUGGCAUAGGAAUAAAUCUCAAAAACAUUUCAGUAGGGAACGAAGCAAACCAAGACAUGCCAGUAAGGAGAGGAGGUGGCGAUCUCGACAUUCCAGUGCUGAUAGGCAUCGGCAUAGGGAUAGAAGAGACACAGCUAGUCAAGAAAAGGAGCGAAAGAGGGACCGGAGCCGCCACAGCCGAGACUCCAGCAGAGAGCGGAGUCGCAAUUCAGAAUAUGGCCACUGUUAUUCUAAGACUGACAGGAGAAAGCAGAGGAAUGAAAGAGCUAGCUCUCGCCGUGGAGUAAGCUGGGAUUGAAUCAUGCAGCAAUCAGUGGGAUGAAGCUAACAGUUAAAAGAAAAUUUAUGUUACACCUUAAGGAUGGGUUAUCAUUUUUAAGGAGGUAAUAGUGAGUAUUAAGUCAUUCAUUUGCAGGGUGUUUAUAUUCAAACACCUAUACACUGCAUGAAAGUGAAGUAGAUAUUUACCAACAUUUGAUACGUUUUCUUUUAAAAAAAAAAAUAAUAAUAAUAAUAAUAAACCAUCAUGUCCUUUGGUAAUUUUUUUUCGUAUAUAUUUUC